CGGCUCGCCCUGUCCACAGACGGUUGAACGCGAGGCGGGUCGGAGCGGGAAGGUGGUGGUAGUGACGCGCGCGCCUGGGCCGGGCGUGUUGGGCCGUGGGGGCGGCCGUUUGAAGCAAGAGGGAGGGGAGGGAGCUGCUGACGCGCACGCGAGAGCUCGUGCGGUGCUGUAGCAACAGAGGCUUCGCGGAGCCCAGGGAGUGGUGGGGGAGGGGGUCGCGAGCUCAGGUCGGCUUCAAUGUGUUUAUGUGCGUGUGUUGGUGCCUAUGGGAGAGCGCAGUAUGUGGCCUCUGUCUGUCCGAUCACUCUUCGGCCAAAAUGCUCGAUCUCUGCCCUCGCCCUAGUGAAGUGAGCGAGUGAUAUCGGCGCGCAGAGCCCGGCAGCGGGUACAGAUUGCCGAGUGCGUGUGCGGAAUAACACACGAAAGAGGACGGGAAGAAAACUUAAACAUGGCGUUGAGGGAGGAGGGGGAUUCGGCGGCGCACAACAACACCAGCAACGCCAAGUGCCAGGAGGAGAACAGUCGCAACGGUUAUGUGAAGAGCUGCGUCACCCCUUUGAAACAGGACGGCGGGUUUUCCAUCUGCAGGUGGUGUAACUUGGAGAGACUUGGCUUGGUGCGUCCGAAACUUGCAGCCUUUUACCUCGGGGGCGGCUGCAGUGCCUUUGCAAUCGUCGCGCUAUCCAUCCUGGCCAGGAGAUGCCUGGACGCGCAGUUUCUUUCAUCCUUGCUGCAGACUUUCCAGACGGCAUGGGCGAUCGCAUUCCAGUCUGUUAGCCCUCUCUUUAGCAUCUGCUGUGCCUUCUUUUGGUUGACAUUUUAUCUGAGGAAGAGCAAACGAGAAAGCAGCACGGCUUGGCUUCUGUCACUGCCUCCAUGUUGCUACCUCGGAGAUUUCUUGGUGGUGCAAGUUUUGCUUGGUGAGGACCAGCUGUAUCUUUGCAGGUUGCUGGCUCCGGCCGUGGUGCUGGGUUGUGUGGGCUUGCUGACAUUGCUCUCCACUUUGAAAGUGAAACAAAGCGUCCUGAUCUUACUGUUCGCCGGCGUUCUUAGGUUGGCUUCCAUCACCAGUUUGAUCGCCCUCCCAACAGCUCUAAGACCCCUCUUGGCCUGUGGGGUCGGGAUGGUGGGGGCUACCAUUGCUGUAUAUUUUGAUUACCUAUUUCCGAAAGAAGCUCGUCGCAGGAUAACCACUGAAGAAAAAAUCCCAGUGAUCAAACCGCGAAGGAGAUCGAGUUGUGUUUCGUUGGGAGAAACAUCAACCAACUAUUAUGGUGGGUGCAAGAUGCCCAGGAGGACAUCAUUGCCUUGCAUAUCGAGAGAGCAGUCAGUCAGUGAUUUCGACCCCAACUCGUAUCCUCAUCAAACAUCUGCUAAACAUUUGUAUGGUGAAGAAGACAAAUGAGAUCAGGAUCCAAUUUGUCUUGCAUUUGAGAGAGGUAACCAUUUCCAUUAUUCUCAUUGUUCAUGAUAUUCUACCAUCGUUAAAAUUCUUGGAAAACAUAUUAAGUUGAAAAUUACAUCAGCUAGCUAGGUGACAUUCUUUUUUUUAAAACAAAUCAGGAACAUAAGUGAAGUAAUUUUGAUUCUGGGAAAUAAAGUUUCUGCAUCCUGGUAGUAUGUCAACAACAAAUGUUCUGUAUCUUGUCCAGCAUGCUGGAGCAGUGUACUGACUCUUGAACUGUCUGUUAAUAAAGGAUUUUAAUUUUUGUACGUGAGAUUUCUAGAGAAAAUAAAGAAGCAUAUUCACUAAGGUCUGAAUUUUUUUUCUAUGAAUUGCUGUCUUCAAGAACACAUCUGAUUCUUCUUUUAAAGUCAAACAUAGUGCAUUUUGAAAAUAAAAUAUUAUUUAAGUUACAGAAGUUUUCUGUCAUCUUGAUAAGGAUUCUAAUUUUCUAUUGCUAAUUUUAUGAAGAUUUUCUAUUUGCUUUACUUUCAACAAUUAAAUUACGUGGCUCAAGAUUAAAGUUUUCCUUUUUGCUUCUCCCUUCAGAACAUUCCUUUCUCGCAGUUAUUUUCCCAUCUAUAAAGUUAUUUUCAUUGACAUUCCUGCCUUGUUUUCUGAGAUUUACCAGUUUUGCUGAAACUGCCACAUAUGCAUGAUAGCAUUGUUUAGUGAACAUUUUUUCUAUUGUCUAAACUGCAAUGACAGUCACCUGACCGGAUGGCCAUUCAGCAAGGAAGCUGACCUGGUUCACUGAUUGAAACCACAGCGUCUAAAGCCAACAUCAAAGUAAUAGGCAAAUAUCCACCUCUGCAAACUUCAAUCUUUCUUGGUGUUAUAACAUUAUUUUUAUUGCAGUUUAAAGUGAGGAUAUUGAAUUUGCAACUGGAGCUGCAUCUCCUGGUGCUAACCAGACUUGGUGAAUGCCAGAACUGGUUUCAGCGACUGGUUACUUGCUUAACGCGACAGGAAAAUCCAGUGGACUGCAUAUUUAUUAGCCUAUCUGUUUUGUAAAUUUACAUUUCAGGGUUUGAUAGUUUUCUCUGUGGUCAUUUUCAUUGUUAGUUAUUUAAGUGAUGACUUUGUUACUGUGACCCACAUUUAUUGAGCAUCCCUAAUUGAAAAGAUAGUGCUAAAAUUCUUGGAAACUGGUAGACAUCCUGUGGUUAUGCCCAAAAUAAAUCAAAGGAUAUGUUAUGUAUGUAACAUAGCAGUAGAGCAGAGUUACUGAUUUAUGGUGGUCAAGUAAAUCUAAUAAUAUAUGUUAUAUAUGUGUGUGUAUGUUAUAUACAUAUGAAUAAAAUAAAUAUAUAGUACAAAGUGUAUAGAAGUGUUGAUUAUACUUUUGGCUUUAAAUAUGAUUGUGUACAUGCUCACAAAUUUAUAAAUCAGCAACCUAAUUGCUACUGAAUGCUCAUUUAAACUGUAUGAUUAAUGUUAACCUUUUUAAACACUAAUAACCAAGUAAAAUACUGCCGAUGCUGAAAAUGUGAAAUAGAAACAUCACACACUGGGAAUACUCAGCAGGGCAGGCAAAAUGUCAUCAACCUGAAACCGAACUUGGUGACCUGCUAUGGAUUUUCACCAUUUUCUGUUUGUUAUUUUAGUUUUCUAAAGUAUGUGAUGUAAUGGAAGAUAUUAGGGAAGGCAUUCCAUGUUGGACAUAGUUUCUAGGAAGGGCAUAUAUAGCAGUAGCAUUGAAUUAGUGGGCUUAAGAGGCUGGCUCUGUGCUUUAGAAGUGAGGAUCAUGUGGUUUGGGAGAAACUAGGUGGACUUUGCAGAUGGGUUUUCUCCUUUUAAUCAAUAUCAAAUUUGAGACAACAAAAUAAAGACAAAGAAAGAUUGACACGACAUGUUUAA